GCAGGGGUGGGGAGGAGGACGCAGGAGGCGAUCCUCCUCGGAGGCCGCCGCUGCUGCGCGCGUCUUCCUGGAAGAGGUGCCCCGUCCCGGUGGUGGCACGCGCGCGCCCAGACGGCGAAGGUGGCGCCCGCGAUAAGGCGGUCCCUAUCGGGACCUCGCAGGCAGCAACAGCCGCCGACGGCGAGGAGGAGCUGCCGGGGGAGACGCAGCGGGCACAUCCCCAACGCCGAGAAGGGAGGGAAGGAGAGCGGGCGGCGUAAAGGCACCGGCGCCCGCGAAGCCGCGCUGGACGCGCACCAGAGGCUCGACAGCUUGGCUGCCCGGGCGGACGGACGGACGCCGCGGCAGAAGCCCACCCGCCGCUCAGGUGCGAUCCCUGGAGGAGAUGUAGCAAAGAGGCAACAGACCUGCUAACCAGGAACCAUGUCGGUGAAACUCACAUUUGACUCCCCUGCCGAUGGGGGAAGGAUCAGCAGGAGCUGCUCCUUUGCUGGGUUCAGCAAUGCGCAGAGCCGAAAAUUAGUGAAGUCUCUCAGCAAAGGUUCUACGAGGUCCAAAAUGUCAGUGAAAUCUGCCAAGACCUAUCCCUCUCUGCAGAAAGAGAUGGUCAUCUGGGAUCCCAAGCCACAACAAGUGAAGAAAGUUUUUGAAGCUUUGAAGAAAGGACUCCAUGAAUAUCUGCAAAUGCAUCAGGCCGAGCUGGAUUACCUCUCCGAAUGCCACAAAGAUACAAGAAGAAACUCCAGGCUGGCUUUCUACUAUGAUUUGGAUAAGCAAAUCCGCUCUGUUGAAAGGUAUAUCAGGAAACUGGAAUUUCAUAUAAGCAAGGUAGAUGAAUUAUAUGAAGCUUACAGCAUCCAGUGCAGACUGCGGGAUGGUGCUUCAAACAUGAAACAUGCCUUUUCCUUGUCCCCUUCCACAAAAGCAUCCAGAGAGAGCCUGGUGGAACUUUAUAAAAACCUUCAAGAAUGCACAGAGGAUAUGUGUCUGAUAGAGGGUACCCUCGAAGUGCAUUUGGGAGAGUUUCAUCUGAAGAUGAAAGGGUUAGUGGGAUAUGCACGUCUCUGCCCAGGGGACCAGUAUGAGGUGUUUGUACGGCUGGGGCGCCAAAAGUGGAAACUGAAAGGCCGAAUUCUGACCGACGACAGUCAAACUUGGGAUGAGGAGGAAAAAGUUUUCAUACCCAACCUCCACGAGAAGUUUGAAAUCAAGGUCACAGAACUGCGGGGACUUAGCACCCUGUUGGUUGGCAUGGUGACAUGUGACGGCAUCGACUUCUUCACAACCCGGCCUCAAGCCAUCAUUGUGGAUAUAACUGAACUGGGCACCAUCAAACUGCAACUGGAGGUCCUCUGGAACCCUUUUGACACUGAAAGUCUCGUCUUGUCUCCUGGAUCUGCCUCCAAGUUUUCUAUGGGGAGCAGGAAGAACUCCAUAUACAGCUGGACCCCACCAAACACCCCCAGCUUCCGAGAGAAAUAUUACCUUUCUGUUUUGCAGCAAGGGAAAAAACCAGCAGACAUCAGGGACGAGGCCCGAGAUCCCUGCAUCCUGAGCUACUUGGCCGACUGCGAUUUCGACAUGAGUCUGAGGAGCACCAGCCACAGCCUUACGGAGACGACGGAAGGCAGCUCGUUCAGCUCAGAGGACCCGAAAGGGGCAGAAAGCAGGAACGUGACGCCACCUUCGAAUCAGAGGGUGCUGCCCAUGCCACUGACUAUCCUGCAAGAUGCUUGUGUGGCAGGAGAGCAUCAGGACCUUCUGCUGUGCCAAACUCCCAGCCGCAGGACUCUAGACAUCCUGCAAGAGACGACCCAUGCUGACCCUGCUCUCGCCAUACCAUCGCGCCCGCUGGAUCAGGAGAAAGGCGGGAGCAAGUCCACCGUCCGGGACAGGAGUCACUAUUUAGUACAGCAAAGGAAGGUCCUCUCUGCUGGUCGAAGAGGAUCGAAAGGCAAUUCUGAUGCCAGAAGUGGUAGAAGGACUAAGUUGAUUGAGAAGACUCUUCAGGAAGUGUUGCUUUUGUUGAAAUCCCAGCAUCCGAGCCCUAUCCAAUUGGAGGAAUUGGAAUACCAGCUUUUCUGCAUCCGGGGCAAAUUAAAGCCGAAAAAGUACCACCUGAAACAUUCCUCUGUGGAGAGCUUGAUGGUUGAGACAGUGCUGGAAAGCUUUGACUUCCUCAACGCUGACGGCAGUGCAGAUGAACUGUCAUCCCUCGGGAGUGUAAGGACCCGCAGUACCAGCACCAGCAGCUACAACAAACCCGCACUUCCAUCCCUGGGCUAUGAUACCAAAAGAGAAAAGAAGGAGUUAACCACGGGCAGUGAUGACCUAGAUACACUUCUGGAAGUUCAUCUGCAGUUCUGCAGAGCUCUUCUGCAGAAACUUGUCCUGCCAAACUUAGCUCCAAUUGUCCAGCAGAGCCUUUUGGAAGAGGUGUCACAACAGAAACACGUUCUGGAGAUCAUCUCUGCUCUGGCUGCUCCUGUGCCGCGAAACCUGACUUCUGUGGAAGAGAUCAUUCAAAAAGCUAAAAAGCAGAAGCGCUGCCUGAAGAUUUGGAGUGAGUGCACUGAGCGGGGGAGCAUUUUAUUCUGUCCGGCGGAGAGAUUUUGGAACCCUUUGAAAUACAUACUGAUGUUCAAAACGAAAGAGAACUAUCAAGGACACAUAGAAAAAGUUUUGCAGGUGUUCCUGGAGCAGAUCGUUGGAGGCAGCCUGCUCUUUCCCUCGACGGAUCUCCCAGCUGAAUCAGUGACAUUAUUCCAGUUUUAUAGCUACCUGGAGAAGCACCAUGUGAACAAUCUGGAAAAACACCUGGCCAGAUUUGCUAAAGAAGUAAUGCUGACUGAGGACCUGCAGCGUCCUGGGAGAAUGAAGAAAAUAAAGAAACUGAAAGGGAAGCGACUCAGCCGACUACAGCCCCUUCCACAGACCUUACAGCUCCUUGCCGUCCUGCAGCUUGAUGAAAACCAUCGUGUGGGCAAGGCAGCCAUGUUGUGUCUCUCUCGGGCGGCAGCUGAUAGGAAUUUCAGGGAAAAGGCUCUGCUUUUUUACACAGAUGCCUUAAGUAACGAUGAUGCGAAAUUACAGCAAGCCGCAUGUCUGGCCCUCAAAAACCUCAGAGGUGUGGAAAGCAUAGAGCAAAUUGCCAGACUGUGUCUAUCAGAAUCGGAGGAAGUGCGGAACGCCGCCAGAGAAACGACUCUUUCAUUUGGUGACAAAGGAAGGCUGGCUUUUGAGAAAAUGGACAAGAUCUGUUGUGAGCUGAGGGAUAUGAUGUACCAAGAAGCUGAAAUAGAAAUCACAGUAUUUUAAGCAGUGCCUUCGAGGGGGAGGCCAGAUAAUCUUGCACCAUCUGCAAUUCGGCUACAAGAGUGCAGAGGAAAGCAC